AAAUGGAUUCAGAGUUGCAAAAAAAGUUGACAACAGAAUUAGAGAAAUUCCAAGCUCUUCAAAAGGAUCACCAGAAGUUUGUGAAAGCUAGACAAGUACUAGAUGGACAACUUAGUGAAAAUACACUUGUAAAAGAGGAGUUGGUAAAGUUAGAUUCCUCAGCAAAUGUUUACAAAAUGAUUGGUCCAGUAUUGGUAAAACAGGAUAUUGUCGAGGCCAAAGAAGUUGUUCAGAAAAGAAUAGAUUACAUUAGCGGAGAAGUUAAAAGGCAUGAGGAUAUGAUCAAAGAUCUAGACAAGAAGCAAGAAUCGCAGAAGGAAAUAUUACAGAAAUUACAGACCCAGUUCCAACAAUCUCAACAAAAAGCUGCCAUAAAGACAUAGCAAUAAUUCAUUAUUUAGCAUAAUAAAUCUUGUGGUUGUUCAACAUCGAUGUGCUAUGUGUGUAUUAUUUUCUCAUGCUUGACUGAACAAAAACAAUAAUAUUUUUCAAAAUACUUCAAUUUAUUUGAAUGUUUAAAGCCUAUUCUUUCUUGUUUUCCUGAGCUGAAAUUCUGUUAAUCAUUAGUAAGUUAUGUGGAAGUGAAAAAAUGAAAUACUGAGUCAGAUAUCACUGUUGUAUAAUAUUCAGUAGCACAUGAUUGUAUAGAUAGCAGUUUUAGCACACUUACUGGACAAAAAUCAUGUGAAUCAAAUUAUUUUUGCAUUCCAGCAUUAUUUAAUAAUUAUACACUGUGGUUACAGUAGCAAUU